ACUCUGGAAGGAUUCACUGUGUUCCUUCGCAUUCAGAGGAAUAUCUUCAGAACCACAUUGUGACCCACCGGUCCCAGUCCCACCAGCCCUCCUCCGAGGCCCAGCGGACCUUGCUUCAACAUGUAGCCCAAUCCCAGACGGCGACACAGACCUCGGUCGUGGUGAAGUCCAUCCCCACCUCUUCUGCAGGCGCCAUCACGCACUUCAUGCAGCAGGCCUUGAGCAGCCACACGGCUUUCACCAAGCACAGCGAGCAGCUGGUCGCCGAGGAGGGGGAGGUGGAGGACACCCUGGACCCCCAGACGGGACUCUUCUACCGGUCGGCCCUGACCCACGUGCAGAAGCAGCAGAGGUUCGGCCAGCCCCAGCUGGAGCAGACCCAACUCCAGGUCAAGACCUUGCAGUCCUUCCAGGCCAAGCAGAAGCAGACCAUCCACCUGCAAACGGAGCAGCUGGCCGCCAAGCUGCCCCAGCUGCCCCAGCUCUCCAUCCGGCACCAGAAGCUAGUGCCUCUCCAGCAGGAUUUGGCCUCCGCCAAGCUGGACUCCCA